AUUUGAAUGGGAGGAAGUAAUAUACGUUUAUUUAAAAGAUAUAUAUAAAAUAACAAAGGUACCAAGCGCAAGAAGAAGAAUAUCACUCAAGGACCAGUUUAUUUUCCAUGCUUUGAGGUUAGAAAUGCUACAUAACCUAUGCGGUAAAUGUUUAUUUUGUUUAAAGUAUGGCAUCGGAAACUAACUGGAAACCUGUCCAACUUGACGAAGCAUUUUUUGGGGCGGGAGUGCCGCAGGAUCUCAUUGGAAUCGAAGAAUGUACCGAUUACGAACUCAUAAAUGUUGUACCUGCAAAAAAGAGGGCAAAAUCUAAAGCUUCUUCAGUUCCCAAAAAGAAAAAGGUUGAAAAUAUAAAUGCCGAAACCAUAUCACCUUCUAGAAGUGGCAGCACCCUCAAUUCUGAUGAAACUUGCGUGGAAAACUCUGAAGCAGAGAAUAUCUGGACUAGCUUUUCCCUUCCAGAGUCCAUACUCAGAGCAUUGAAGGAACAAGGUUUUGUAUAUCCAACGGAAAUUCAGUUAAAAACUUUACCCGCUGCAAUAUUGGGAAGGAGAGAUAUUUUAGGAGCUGCUCAAACGGGUAGUGGAAAAACGUUAGCAUUUGGAAUCCCAAUAUUGACCGGAAUACUGAAACUAAAAGAACAGGGCAAAAGUCCAGUAAAUGACCCGGUUAAGCCCCUCUAUGCUCUUAUAUUAACUCCCACUAGAGAACUUGCGAUGCAGAUAAAAAAUCACCUUUCCAGUAUAGCCAAGUAUACCAAAAUUCAAAUUGCUGUAGUCGUUGGAGGAAUGGCAGCGGAAAAACAGGAGAGGAUCCUUGGCAAGGAACCUGAGGUAGUUGUCGCUACCCCAGGUCGUUUGUGGGAAUUAAUUCAACAAGGAAAUCCCCAUUUAUUAAAAGUUGCCAGCAUCAAAUUUUUAGCUAUCGAUGAGACAGACCGUAUGCUCGAACGAGACCAUUUCCAGGAGUUGCACAGCUUGUUGGAGAAAAUCAAUUUGGACGAUGAUAAAAGGAAGGCGCGGCAAAACUUUGUCUUCUCCGCCACUCUUACAUUGGUGCACGAUUUACCCAAACAUCUGACUAAGAAGAAGUUCAGGAAAAUCGGAAGCAUGACGCCAGAACAAAAGCUUCAGAAAAUUAUGGAUUCUUUGGGGGUGACCAAACCUAAAGUAGUGGAUAUUUCCGAAGGCAAAGGGACAUCUGAAACCUUAACUGAAUGUAGAAUAAGCUGUGCAUUGCAUGAAAAAGACUACUACGUCUAUUAUUUUUUGCGCCGACAUCCUGGUCGCACUUUGAUUUUCUGCAAUUCGAUUGGAUGCGUGAAAAGGUUGUCCAACCUGUUAAAUUUGCUGGAAUGCAGGUGUCUGCCUCUGCACGCGAACAUGCAGCAAAGGCAGAGAUUGAAAAAUCUCGACAAGUUUAGGGAUACGGAGAAUAGUAUCCUGGUAGCCACCGAUGUGGCGGCAAGGGGUCUGGACAUACCGAAAAUUGACCACGUCUUGCAUUAUCAAACCCCGAGGACCAGCGAAAGUUACGUCCACAGGUCAGGCCGAACGGCUCGGGCUGCCAAGCAGGGCAUCACAGUGCUGAUUAUGGAGCCGAACGAAUUCCAGAAUUAUAUUAAACUCUGCCGUACACUCGGUAAAGAGAACGAUUUGCCACUCUUCCCCGUGGAGGACAAAUACUUGAACGCGGUUAAAAAAAUCGUCAACAUCGCGCGGGAGUUGGACAAAAUACAGCUUCAAGUUCGCAAGGCGAAUUCGGAAGAAGGAUGGCUUCAAAAAGCGGCACACGAUAUGGAUAUAGUAGUCGACGGAAUAUUGAAAAAAUAUGAUUUAGACGAGACACGACACCAAAGGAAAGGGGCGGAGAUGAAAAGGAAACACCUCUCGUCUUUGUUGUCCAAACCAAUUUUUCCUAAAGGUUUUACGGGUAAAUUUUCCGUCGUGUCGGGCCAAGAAAGUUUCCCAAUUUCCGGAAUGACUCAGAACAAGGGCAGCGCAAUCGACGCUGUCAGGGAUUCGACGCAGGCGGCAGUUACAAGAAAGCAACGGCAAAUUCCGUUGUUUCAACCAGCAAAACAUGCGCGAAAGGUGAAGAACACUUCGCACGGGUUCAAGGGCUCAAACUUCGUGAAACGCACUAGGAAGGUGCAUCAUAAAAGAAAACGUUAAUUAGUGCUGUAUUUAAUAAAUUCAAGGUUAGUAAUUAAUCCACUGCAUUUUAUUUGC